AUGAAUAGCGACGAUUGGAGAUCAACUAUCUCUAACCAAGAACGUGCCAGGUACGUAAAUGAGUUGGCUCAACUUUUAGCUCAGUUUAGUAAGAAUAACGGUAAUCAAAAUUUUGAUUUGGAAAAAUUGAAAAGAACAGCCGAACAAUUUGAAAGUAGUUUAUAUGCCAGUAGUUCUUCUAAAGAGAAUUACCUAGAUAGUAUGCAAAAGAGAAUUGUUGCCACUGAUAAUGCAAGGAAAAGAUCUAUGGCGACUGCAGCCGCCAAGGCUAAUGCUGCCAACAAUAAAAAAGGUAAAAAUAACAACAAUAACAAUCGGAUCAACAACAGCACCAAUGGGAUUAAUACCAACAACAGUGCUCACCUUCAUGUUAACAACAGUAGUAUUGAUAUGAAUAACACGUCAAAUGGUAUUAACCCUUAUUCUAUGAAUAUGAACCAACAGAUGUUCUUGAAUCAGCAAGCACAGGCUAGACAACAAGUUGCCCAGCAGUACAGAAAUAGCAACAAUAGUUCUGAUGUUGGUGCUAGCAAUACCACCAGUAAUACUAACAAUAAUGCUUCUGUUAGUAACAACGGUGAUAGAGUUCAAUUGACACCACAACAACAAUUGAUUAAUGAAAUUAAAGUUGCCCCUAUUCCCAGAGAAUUAUUAAGUCGAAUUCCCAACCUACCAGCCAAUGUUAAUACUUGGCAGCAGAUUACCGAGUUAGCUCAAAGAAAAAGAUUGAGCAAUAAUGAUAUUCAAAUUGCUAAAAAAGUUUAUCAUGUUCACCAACAGCUAUUAGUUAAGUCAAAAUUGCAGGAAUCCAAUAUUAACAAAGCUGCGGCUGCUGCACAGGCUGCUAGUGCCAACGGGAAUAGAGUGGGCAACAUAAAUAUUAAUAAUAACUUAAAUGCUAACAACAACAUUAAUUUACAAUCUAGGACUGCUGCUACUGUUCAACAACAACAGUUACAACAACAACAACAGCAGCAGCAGCAGCAGCAGCAGCAACAACAACAACAACAACAACAACAACGUCAGCAAAGACAACAACAACAACAACAACAAAAUGUAGAUGUUUUAAAUAGAAUAACACAAAUAUUUACACCAGCGGAACAAAGGGCGUUAUAUGAAAAUGGUAAGAGGCUAAUUGAAGAAUUGCAAAGGGUGCAAAAGUUGCCUGCAGUUUUAACUGCCCAACAAAAGGCAUUUUAUAUUAAAAAAUAUAUUAACCAAGUUGCAAUUAAGAAAUUACAGAGCAUGAGAGCAUCACAGAUGCAAAACACUACCAAUAAUGCUGCCAAUAACACUACAACUACUGCUUCUAAUAGUGCUAUUGGUGCUACUGUGAACAAUAAUCUGAAAAAUGAUAUUAAUACCAAGAUUAACAACCGUAAUUUAAUGAAUGCUCAAGGGAACAGUAUUAAUAAAGUUGCCGAACAGCAACCAAUUCCUGCUACCAUUACCGCAAUGAACAACAUAAACAACAACGCGAAUAAUAAUAUUGGUACUAAAAGAAUGCCAGUAAUGAGCCAAUUUUCUAAUGGCAGCACCACUAACAAUAAUAACAACACCGCUACUGUUCCACAACCGUCUAAUGUUAGGGCGUACAAUAGUAACAACGUUGCUGCUUCCUCCACGGGACCAAACCAACAGGUUAGGGGCUCUACUGCUAAUAACAACAAUAGUAGUGCUAAUAUGUCUUCGACUUUAUCAUCUGUUGGUAAUAACUCACAAAAACAACCGCAACCCACACAACAACAAUCAAGACCUCCAAUAUCGUUACCAAGACCAACUGAACAAGAUUUACAAGUUUUAAAAAGAGUAUCUACUGAAGUUAGUAGGGCACCAUUACGUCUAUCUAACCUAAGCUCAAGAUUAUCUGAUGAACAAAAGAAAGCUAUUAAAACUAAGUUAGUAUCUAGUCAGCAAUUAUUUAACACAGUUGAUAAUUUUAUUCCUACCUUUUAUAUGAUUACGAAAAGUGAAGAAAACUUACGUCAAUUGUUACAAAUCAGGCUUUUAACUAAAGAAAUUAUAGAACAUGCUUCAAAAGACAUUUAUAUUGUACAGCCUGAAGUUGUUGAUAAGGUUAUUUUCCGUUACCAAAAAUAUUAUGAAUUCAUUAGGGAACAAUUAUUAAGAAGAUAUCAGCAGGUUAUGGGCUCUAGGCAACAACAACAACAACAACAACAACAACAAGGAAUUGCACAACAAACUGGUGCUACGAGUGUGCCUGUUGGUCUUACUACCAAUAACAACGUUGCUAACGGGUCUAAUGGAUCGGUUGCUGAUCCUAAUUCCAGUAUUACUACCCCUGAAGCUGUAAACAGAGCUUCACCUGCUGCGCAAGGUAGAAGACAACAAGCGACAGGAACAAAAAGAAGGAAUACCAGUGUUAGCAGCGUUAGUAAUGGUACGGGUACCGGCAGUAAUAACAGUGCUGCCCCAAGGAAGCCUUCACAAGGAAGAACAAUCCCCAUAUCUCCAUCUGUUGCGGCAGCGACACCCAAUUAUAGUAACAAUACUAAUAGAGUGGCUACCCCUGCGAUACCUGGUGCUUCUCCAGCCAUGAAGCAGUUGAAUAAUAUCAUGUCUCCAUCUGCCGGAUUGGAUAAUCAUCGCUCUCCAUCAGUGAACACAACCAUGACAUCUGCGGCCUUUGCUAGUACUAACUCUACGGCGGCUAACAAUCCAUUUAAAGAAGAUGAAACAAAAUUGAAAUUGUUGAUGCUUAAGAAGAAAGAUGUUUUAGGCAGAUAUAAGAAGAGACAAGAGGUUUAUUGUAACGCUAACAUAGAUAUAUUUUUAGAUACACUAGCCGACUGUUUGGGUGUUGAUGAGCCACAAGCUUCUAUUAUUCCAAUUGCCCCACAUAUUGUUGAUUUUAUUAACGGGACUGGCAGAAAGAAAUUAACCAAGGCUGUUUUGAAAAGUAGAGAUCAAGAACCAAUUACCGCUGUUAUUAAGGACCGCAAGAAAUUAAUUAUAGAGAGCAAAAAUAAGUUAGAUUUAAUAACUAGUCCUGGCUGUAAAACUCCUUUUGAAUUGAAACAAAAUGAAAUUGGUGCUUUAUUUCAAAACUUGGACUCAAUAUCAAGUGUUUAUAAUACUUUAAGUAACGUUAAAGCUGGUACCAACAUUACCGCUAAUAAUUCACAAGGUGGUGUUAGCGUUAAAAAUGAAGGUGGUACCACUGGUAUAUUUAGUGCAUCAACGGGUGUGAAGAGAAAAUUUAGUGAAAUAAAGAGUGGUGCUUUUGGGACGAAUAAUGUUAAUGGUUCCUUGAGCGCCAGCCAAGAAAUAAGUCCAUCUAGUACGGAAUCUUCAUCGGUUAUGAUUGAUUCUAAAAGGAUUAAAUUUGAUUCACCAGAAGAUGCGUUCAGCAGUGGUGGAAGUGGAAAUGGAAAUAACCACGGCAGUAGUGGAGGUGAAACCUCUACGUUUGAUCCAUAUGCAAGUCCUGAUACGAUUUCUAAGGGUGAACAUUCAUCAUUGAAUGUUUGGGACUUUAAUUAUUGGAGAAAUUUUCAAAAACAACAACAAGUAGAACAGCAAAAACAGCAAGGAGAACAACAACAACAACAACAGCUAACUUCCCUAUAA